UCUAUAAAAAACAUGGUCAAAGAGCAGAGGCAGGCUAGGACGUACACCAAUGCCGUUGCAGUAGACACCUGACCUGACUCCGCCUCUCCCUCUGACAUCAGGCUUUGAUCUGCCUACUGUCUGUGUUAGCACAAAGCCAUAUUUAGCUCAGUGUAAUCAGUGUGGUGAGAGCUUGCAUGCCUGCUGCUGACGAUACCUGCCUAGUGUAAACACACCUGCUCUCUGUGAUGGGCCUGAAAAGAAUUGAACGUGAACUACAAGGAGUCUGCUCAUAGCUGUGCUCUAUCAAACAGCUGGGGUGUCCUGGGACAUGAAACUCAAUCAGCAACAAGCACCAUUAUAUGGGCAGUGUGUUAUCACGGUGCAGCUCAACGAUGACGAGCUGGCAGCAGACGAGGAGGGCGUGGACUACUUCCUGCUGUUUGCUGGCACCACACAAAGACACCUGAGCAGUACCCAGAGGAUCAGUCAUGACACCCUGCAGGCAGUGUGUCCUGCUCAUGAUUGCUGUGAGGAGGUGCUGGUCACGUUGUGUUCUGUCAGCAGGGACUUCAGUCUCCCUCACGUUGCUCCGCUGGCUGAGCAUCGAUUCAACUUUGUCCAGGAUUUGGCUUUUGACAUGGCCCAGUUCCUGGUGAGCACCGCAGGCAGGGCUGAUGCCCUUGAUGGGGCGCUGCUAUUGGAUGAGUGUCAAAUUCCCCUGCAGGAGUGCGAACGCCUCGAUGAAAGCCUGGCGCUGGCCCUCCACCAUCUUGUACUGCCUCCAGGAUGGAGUUUACUGGGCAACAGACUAGACAGCAGCACUGACCUCACCCCUCAAGAGACACUGCUGCACUUCUCAGCUCGUCGAGGUCUCUUUCGUGUCACACACUUCUUGCUCAAGCAGCCCGGGGCGAAGGAGGCCCUGACACUGGCCAACAGGCAGGGCCACACGCCAUCCACCAUCGCAGCUUCAUGUGGACACGAGCAUCUGUACCAGCUCCUCAACACGGAUGACCCAGUGGGAGAGGCGUACACUCAGAACAUCCACCCAGUCUCUUCAGACGCCCGGGUAGUUUGCCACCUACCGAGAUUAAACACACACUCCCUGACGCUGAGAACACACCCUGGGCGUGAGGUUCCCACCCUCCAGGAAGGUGUGGAGCAAUUACUGCACCACAUCCAUGCCAAGGGAGUUUCUGGGCUGGAGCUUCGGUUUGAUCGUCUGCACACAGCUGCUGAAUGUUGUGAUGCUGUAGAGACAGAGAUAACCUGCGUGGAGGAACUACAGCAGCCUGCUGGCGCAUGCAAGUGUUUGGAUAUAAUAACUGGAGACAGCUGUGCUCAAAACUGCCUGGUGGCAGGCAGCAAUACUGAUUUAGGAUGUGGUGAGACAGAGAGUGCGGAGAACGACUCCAGUUUACCUGUGAGCGUUCCAAAAUCAGAAGUACGCCCAAAAGAGGUUGGCCUUUUUUUCUCCUUGAGGGAACAGGUAUGUUUAAGUUCAGAGGAAACGGAUGGAACACUCGAGGAGCAGCUCCUGGUUUUCACUCAGGAUUUGAGUGUCUGUCACACCAGUGAAGGACCACAGGUUGAGGCAGAAAGGGCAAACCUCACUCUGGGAGUCGUACCACCAACUGUCUGCGGUAAACAGGCAGAGGAAACUGAUAGAGAGGCUGUGAUCUGGGAAGUGCAGGAGGCCAUAAAGGGAGAGGGAAGAUCUGAACAGGAAGAAAAGCUUAGCACAGCCGGGAGGAGGGAGGAGGAGGAGGAGGAGGAGGAGGAGGAGUCCAACUCAGAGUCAACAGAAUUAAUAACACCCAGUGUACAACAGAAAGCUGUAGUCAUGGGGCAGUCCUCAUCGUUAGAGGGUUUAGAGCAGUCCGAAAACUCUGACUCUGAGAUCAAGGAUUGUUCCCAGGAAGGUGGGAGAGUUAAGAAAGACGAGAUGAAACUCUGCGAAGAACUUUGUGAUGGACUCUCUUUACAUGAGAAUGAGGGGUUAACAGACCCUGUGUCAGCCUCAGGGGACCCUUCCCACCCACCGAUGACAGACUGCGGUGAUGUAAUAGAGCGGCCUGAAGCUGCUUUUUCAUGUCUCCUGAUAGAAGGACUCCUGGAGGGGGAACCUCCACCAGACACCAGCAGCCUGGAACAAAACCAGGAAACAGCUGGUAGGGAUUAUUUGACGGAUGGCUCAAGAAGUACAUUCUGA